AUGGAGCCCAAUGUGCUUUGCAUGAGCUCAGCGGACCGGCUCUCGCAAGCGCGCUCGCGCUCGCGCUCACCCCUGAACUGCGAGACAAAGGAGGAUCUGCUGACCGCUCCAGUGCUUUGCUGCGUAAUCCUCGGAGGGCCUGGAAGUGGCAAGUCACUUCUCGGGAGCAGCCUGCAGCAGCGCUUUCCUGGCUUUCUUGGCAUUUCCUGCGGGGAUCUCGCUCGCCGGCUGACUUUUUGUGACAAGUCCCCUUUCUUGAAUUCAGUGGCCAAGCAGCUCAAAGACAGGCGCAGACGGAAGAAGGCUUUCGGGCGUGUCACAGAAAUUGUGAUCAAAGUCGUCGCCCGGGCUGUCUCCUCUGGAGCCUUCUGGGGGAUCAUAGUGGAUGGCUUAAGGGACCACGAGUUGCCAGACUUCGAAGCUGCCCUGGGAUCCCGGUACACUGUGCUGGCGCACCUCUCCUGUCCCUCAGAUGUGAUGUUGUCACGUCUCAGCUCGCGGCAAGAUCGGGAAGGAGACGACCGGCUGGGCUUGGUGGAGACAGACGCCGCGGGGCGCGUGCAAGCCUAUCUGGAGCGGGCGCCCGAAGAGACAAAGAAUCUCAGGGCCUAUGCAGAGGCUACUUCCUCGCGAGCCUUCUUCGACCUGGAUGCAACGCUUCAGGUCCCGUCCUUGGUGGAGGACAUGGUCGCUCGGCUGAACGCCUUCGCCAAGUCCAGCGGGUUUUCCCUGGAUGCGCAGACUGCGCAGACAGAUACCGCCUCCGUAGAUUGGGAGUUGCACAUAUCGGAGGUUGCUAGCCGGCUUGAUCGGGAGUUUCAUCCAGAUGGAAAGCCUCGCAGCAAGCACAACGCAGCUGGGUGUGAAAAGGCAAUGCGCCGCCGAUAUCUUGGCUCAGUAUGUAGCUGGAACAACCGGCAAAGUGGGCCACAGGGGCCUACAAGCAGCCUGCAGCAGGCUGCACCACCGGGAGCUCUCAAGACCAGGAUGGCUGUCUACUUCGCUUCGACCUCGGCCGUGCAGAUUUCAGGUCUCUGUUUCCGGUGA